ACAUGUCUGGUGUACAAUACAAAGUUGCUGACAAAGUCUUCCUCGAGAAGCAAAAGGACAUCCUCCGUCUUUUCCAACAUGUGCAUCAGCCAACCUUCUUCAAGGAUUUGGUCGAGGUUGCCAAGACCUUCAAAUUUGAAGGACACUGGGAUCAAUGGACUAUGCCUGAAUAUGUAAAGGAAUUCUGGCAAUUCUACCAGGAGGAAGAUUUCUUGAAGCAAGAUGAAAUUUUCUCCGUUUUCCAUCCACAACACUUGAAGCAAGCCAUCGCUCUCUUCAGGGUGUUCUACUAUGCCAAGGAUUUCGCUACUUUCUACAAGAGCGCCGUUUGGGCUCGUCAGCACGUCAACCCAGGCAUGUUCGUGUAUGCUCUUUCCGUUGCUGUCUUCCACUGCAAGCACACUGAGGGAAUCAUUUUGCCACCAAUCUACGAAAUCUUCCCUCACUACUUCUUCACCAGCGAAGUCAUCACCAAGGCUAAGCAAUACAAGCAACACUACUGGGGUACCUACAAGCACGAAGUAGAGCUCAAGGAAAAGUCUGGCUACGCUAUUAACGCCGACUAUACCAAGCACACCGAAGAAUGGAUGAGCUACUUCACCGAAGACAUUGGCAUGAACGCUUUCUACUACUACAAGAACAUCUUCAUGCCUUUCUGGUUGGACCACGAAUGCAUUAGGUUCGAUGCCACCAAACGUGGUGAAUGGUUCCACUAUUACCAUAACCAAAUUUUGGCUCGUUACUACUUGGAGCGUCUCUCCAAUGGUAAGGGUAAAAUCCCAACCAUCAACUACGAGGAACCAACCCAAUUUGAGUACUACCCAGCUCUUUCUUACUUCAAUGGAAAACCAUUCCCAGCCAGGCCAAAGAACGCUAAGCUCAAUCUCGAUGUAGAAGAAACCGACUCUUCCUUGAAACACUUCUCCUACUGCUACACCAAAGUGGAAGAUUACGAAAGGCGUAUUCGUGAAGCCAUCGACAUGGGAUGGGUUUACACUCCAGAAGGCAAGAUCAUCUACUUGUACACUCAAGAAGGUUUCGAGACUCUUGGAAAGAUCGUUGAGAGCGAUCCAGAAUCUCCUCAUGUCCGUUUCUACGGUUACUUGCAAAUGGUAACUCGCCAUCUUCUGGGCUACUCCCACCACGCUCUCGCUCCAUCCGUCUUGGAACACUUCGAAACUUCCAUGCGCGACCCUAUGUUCUACCAAUUCUGCAAGAGGAUGCUGUACUUCUUCAAGAAACAUCAACACCAUAUGGGACCAUACGAGAAGAAACAUCUCUUCAUGCACGGCGUCAAGGUCGAAGACUUCCAAGUUGACAAACUGGUGACCUUCUUCGAUCAAUACUUUACCGACAUCAGCAACGCUGUUACCGUCGACGAGAAAGAAUUCCAACAGAAAUCUUUCGAAAUCCAAGUUUCCAGCGACAAGUCUGUAGAUGCUUUGGUCAAGGUCUUCAUUGGACCCAAAUACGACGAAUUCGGUUACGAAGUUGAGAUGAAGCACAACUACAUGAACUUCUUCGAAUUGGACAGGUUCAAGUACACCCUGAAAUCCGGAAAGAACGUCAUCGAGCGCAACUCGCACGAGAACAAAUUCUUCAACCAAGAGCAUUUCACUUUCAAGUCUUUGUACAACCAAGUUGAAAAAGCUUUGACCGGAGGAGAAACUUUCAAAUACCAAUUGCCACAGGAAUACUACACUUUCCCACAAAGGCUUAUGCUUCCAAGGGGUGAUGUUUCCGGAAAAACUUUCCAAUUCUUCGUUGUCGUCUCUCAAUACGAACAACCGAAAUCUGAUGCUUUCUGCCAUUUCUUAGUCGACACUCACUACUCCAUGAGCUACCCAUUGGACAGACCAAUCGAAUUCGAACGCGAAUUCUGGGUUCCUAACUUCUUCUGCAAGGAUGUAAAGGUCUACCACGAAGAGCUCGUCAACGAGAAAGAAUUCACCUACAAGAAGUUCUAA